AUGUCCAGCUCUCCUCUCAACGGCACAGCUCCAGACGAUACGAUGGAGAAGAAAAAGAGUUUGCCACUUGACCCGGCUGUCGAGGGCGGCGAUGGUGCACGCCGCGAAGAUGCGCUAGCAUUACUCUCCAAGAUCAAGACCACCGACGACGCCCAUCCCAUGCACUGGGUGUGGUACAAGAAAUGGUUCAUCGUCGUCGUGUACUGUCUGCUGCAGAUCUUCGUCACGUUGACGUCGACCACUUAUGUGUCGGUCGAGUUUCUCAUCAUGGAGAAAUGGACUUCGUCGCAGCAGGUGGCAACACUGGGGCAGUCGAUGUUCAUCAUAGGCACGGCUGUUGGGCCGGCCUUUCUAGGACCGUUGUCGGAUAUUGGCGGCCGGAAAUGGGUAUAUGUUGGAUCGAUAUUCUUGUAUGCGGUACUAAAUAUCGGCACCGCAUUGGCUUAUAACCUACCAAUGCUCAUCAUCUUCUGCUUCUUGAUUGGUGUUGCUGGAUCAUCAGCGUUGAACAAUGUUGCCGGAACAAUUGCAGAUCUAUUCGGGAGUGCUGAUAAUGCAGCACAACCUAUGGCUCUUUUUGUCUUGAGUGCGAACUUUGGCCCUUCCCUCGGAAGUCCCAUUGGGGAGUGGAUUGCAGAGAAUGGGGAUUUGGGAUGGAGAUGGAUUUUCUACAUCAACAUCAUCAUCGGUGGUGCAUUCUCUUUCCUCCUCUGCUUCAUGCCUGAAACAUUGCCGAGAAUCGUCAUCAGCAACGCCGUCAAGAGAAGAGGAAGCGUAGACCAGAAUGCCCUUGAUAUUGCUGCUGGUUCCAGUAAGGUCUCAGUUCUUAACGAACUUAAAUUCGUCACGACCAUGGCACUGCGAAUCAUGUUCACCGAGCCUAUCGUUAUCUCUCUGGGAUUGUAUAAUGGCUUCGCAUAUGGAUUGCUAUUCCUCUAUCUCGACGGAGUGUUCGAAGUUUUUGUGGUGAACAAUGGUCUGAGCUAUAUCGGUGCCUCGCUCACAUACCUGAACUUUUGCGUCGGGGUCACGGUCACAUUCUUGUUUGUGCCGAUUCAGACUUACCUUUUCAAGAAAGACCGCUUGAAACAUGGGCAGCAGCGCCCAGAAGCUAGGUUCUUGACCUCACUUGUCGCCGUGUGGCUUUUCCCGGUAUCACUAUUCUGGUUCGCUUGGACCUCUGAUGGGUCAACUUCGUACUGGUCUCCGAUAGUUGCUGGUGGUGUUCUGGGAUUUUGCGACCCGCUACUUUGGUUAUCAAUGCUGAAUUACAUCACCGAUUCCUACCCCAAUGUUGCAGCAUCGGCAAUCGCAGCGUUCUUGAUACCCAGUUUCCUCAUUGCCGCUGGAUGUGCUCACGCGGGAGUCGCCAUGUUCGCAAACAUGAAUGAAAAGUGGGCAUUUGCCACUCUAGGCUUCAUCUCGAUCGGUCUCGUGGUCUUGGUUUAUGUCUUGUUCUUCUUUGGUCCAGUCCUGAGAAGGUGGAGCAAACUGGCGAGAUCUUUUUGA